GAGGCGGCGGCGGAGUAGGAGGCGAGGCGAGACCUGCGGCUCGGCCAGGCCACAGCCGCGGUAGCGCUAGGGAAGUCCACGGAGCCACGCCGCCCUCAACCACCCUGCGAACCUCUCGCCCUCCGCCCACUCCUCCGUCCGCCCGGCCGCCUGCCCGGCCGCCAGGUCCGGGGCGGCCUAGUCUGCAUCACCCGCCGGGCUCCUGGGGCCGCCGCCCCGCGCGGUCCCGUUGGCGUCCCUAGCCGCGCCCGGCCCCUGGCCCACUCGCCCGCCGGCACCAUGAUGGAAGAGAUCGACCGGUUCCAGGUGCCCACCGCGCACUCGGAGAUGCAGCCGCUGGACCCAGCCGCCGCCUCCAUCUCAGACGGAGACUGUAACGCCCGGGAGGGUGAGUCAGUAGCCAUGAAUUACAAACCAUCCCCGCUCCAAGUGAAGCUGGAGAAGCAGCGGGAGCUGGCCCGGAAGGGCUCCCUGAAGAAUGGCAGCAUGGGCAGCCCUGUCAACCAGCAACCCAAGAAGAACAAUGUCAUGGCCCGGACGAGGCUGGUCGUCCCCAAUAAAGGCUACUCCUCGCUUGACCAGAGCCCAGAUGAGAAGCCACUGGUAGCCCUUGACACGGACAGCGAUGAUGACUUUGACAUGUCCAGAUACUCCUCCUCUGGCUACUCCUCUGCUGAGAUCAACCAAGAUUUGAACAUCCAGCUGCUGAAGGACGGCUACCGGUUAGACGAGAUCCCCGACGACGAGGACCUAGACCUCAUCCCCCCCAAGUCCGUGAACCCCACCUGCAUGUGCUGCCAGGCCACGUCCUCCACCGCCUGCCACAUUCAGUAGCGGGCGGGGCCUCCGCGGCCGCCCGGGGCGGAACCGACGCGGGCCAGGUUGGACCCGGCAGGGGCAGACCCCUCCCCGGCUCGUCCGCCUGUCCCCGGCCUCCGCGCCCCCUACAGCCGCCAACCUCGUAACAGUCAUUGCUUCCUCCUAUGGUAGGACGUGUACCUCUGUGUGUUCAUGGAGCCGGAGAAACCAAAACCGGGUCUCUCUCCACCCCGGAGGCUGAGAGGCUGAGAGGAGGGGUGGAGGCUGUUGUUCAGUUACUUGGGGGACCUCACCCAGCACCCUGCCCCCCUCCCCAAGGCUGCAGUCCGGUGAGGGGGAGAGAGGACUGGAUGGAAGGGAGGCCAACAUUAAUGAGAGGGGGGAGGGGUCACAAACCCCAGCGAAGCCAUGAAGCCCCCAGCCCCAGCCUGACAAGGAAAGGGGCUGCGGGGUGGGGAGAGAGGCCCAGGGCAGUGGCAGCAGGUCCCAGCACUUCAGAGUCCCCUUCACGCACCCCUUGAUGGCCCAUGUACCUAUUUGCGUUUUUCCUCUCUGAUACGAAGCCUGGCAAAGCUGUCCAACCGAUAUUGCCCCUCACCCAAGGGAUCACUGCCUUCUUCCUCCUCUUUGCCCCAAUCACCCCCUUCUUGCUCCCUGGGAGUGGGGCGGGGUAAGAUGGGCCUCAGAGACAGGCCAGAGUUUGGGGUAGCAUGAUCUGUCCUCACUGGCUCCUAACCAAUGCAUCUAUCUAUCUGCCGCCUCCUCCCCAUCCCCACCCCCACUUCUGUUCAUUGGUCUCAGUCCCAGGCUGGAAGCAGGGAGCAAGGCCGGCCUCCCAUGUCCCAUUCCCAUCUCACCCCAGCCCAAGAUCUGGGAGGCUGGUUCCCAGUAAGAAUCGUCAAGGAGCAAGCUUAGGAGAAUACAGUGGGCUGAGUGGCUGUGUGGAGACGGGAGGAGGGCUUGGCAGAAUGUGCAUGUAUCUGAGGCUGUCAGGGAGUGCGUGUGUCUGUGUUGGACAGACCUGUCUUUCCUGGGGUCUAUUCCUGCCACAGAUGUGGGCGUCCCUGUGGGGAAGUGACUGUGUGUCUGUUUACGGUGUGAGCGGCUGCCCAGCAGUGCAAUGGACUGAGAGCCUCGGACUGGGAGUCGGAAGCCUGGGUUCUGGUCCUAGCUCUGGCACUCUCCCUGUGAGCUUCAACAGCCACUUGCUUUUUCUCGGCUUCAGUUUCCUCAACUGCAGAAUGAACAGCAGCUGAAAUUAUUUUUAAGGUCGUUUUAUACCUGAAGGAAUUUCUUCAUAGGAACCUCUGUGGAAGGGGAUGAGGAGAUCUCCGUGUGUCUUUGAGCACACCCAGGGGGCCUCCUGAGUUGUGUGACUGUGUAGAAAGGGGAAGGGGCAGUUUCUAUCAGGACUGUGUAUGCCUGAGUACAUGUGGAUCUGUUUGGGAACGUGUGCGUGUCUGUGAAUGUGUAUGGGUGGGCAGUUCUAUUGUGUGCGUAGCUGUGGGGGUGUCUGUGGGUCAGAAUGUGUGCACUGCUGCUCCUGCUGCCGUUGCUGGUUUGGGGGCAGGGAGCAGGAAAGCUGAGGAUGAAAAUCAAGAGGUAGAGCCAGGCCUGGGGGUGUGACCC